AUGCGGGACCCGCGGGGCGCCAAGCCGCCCCUGGACCCGGUACGCCUUGUGCUGCCCGUGCCUGUGCUGCUCGUGCCUGUGCUGCCCGUGCCUGUGCUGCCCGUGCCUGUGCUGCCCGUGCCUGUUGCUGCCCGUGCGUAUGCUGCCCGUGCCUGUUGCUGCCCGUGCCUGUGCUGCCCGUGCAUGUGCUGCCCGUGCCUGUGCUGCCCGUGCCUGUGCUGCCCGUGCCUGUUGCUGCCCGUGCCUGUGCUGCCCGUGUCUGUGCUGCCCGUGCCUGUGCUGCCCGUGCCUGUUGCUGCCCGUGCCUGUGCUGCCCGUGCCUGUGCUGCCCGUGCCUGUGCUGCCCGUGCCUGUGCUGCCUGUGCCUAUUGCUGCCCGUGCCUGUUGCUGCCCGUGCCUGUGCUGCCCGUGCCUGUGCUGCCCGUGCCUGUGCUGCCCGUGCCUGUGCUGCCCGUGCCUGUGCUGCCCGUGCCUGUUGCUGCCCGUGCCUGUGCUGCCCGUGCCUGUUGCUGCCCGUGCCUGUGCUGCCCGUGCCUGUGCUGCCCGCGCCUGUGCUGCCCGUGCCUGUGCUGCCCGUGCCUGUUGCUGCCUGUGCCUGUGCUGCCCGUGCCUGUGCUGCCCGUGCCUGUGCUGCCCGUGCCUGUUGCUGCCCAUGCCUGUGCUGCACGUGCCUGUGCUGCCCGUGCCUGUGCUGCCCGUGCCUGUGCUGCCUGUGCCUGUUGCUGCCCGUGCCUGUGCUGCCCGUGCCUGUGCUGCCCGUGCCUGUGCUGCCCGUGCCUGUUGCUGCCCGUGCCUGUGCUGCCCGUGCCUGUGCUGCCCGUGCCUAUGCUGCCCGUGCCUGUUGCUGCCCGUGCCUGUGCUGCCCGUGCCUGUGCUGCCCGUGCCUGUGCUGCCCGUGCCUGUGCUGCCCGUGCCUGUGCUGCCCAUGCCUGUUGCUGCCUGUGCCUGUGCUGCCCGUGCCUGUGCUGCCCGUGCCUGUGCUGCCCGUGCCUGUUGCUGCCCAUGCCUGUGCUGCCCGUGCCUGUGCUGCCCGUGCCUGUGCUGCCCGUGCCUGUGCUGCCUGUGCCUGUUGCUGCCCGUGCCUGUGCUGCCCGUGCCUGUGCUGCCCGUGCCUGUGCUGCCCGUGCCUGUUGCUGCCCGUGCCUGUGCUGCCCGUGCCUGUGCUGCCCGUGCCUGUGCUGCCCGUGCCUGUUGCUGCCCGUGCCUGUGCUGCCCGUGCCUGUGCUGCCCGUGCAUGUGCUGCCCGUGCCUGUGCUGCCUGUGCCUGUUGCUGCCCGUGCCUGUGCUGCCCGUGCCUGUGCUGCGCGUGCCUGUUGCUGCCCGUGCCUGUGCUGCCCGUGCUUGUUGCUGUCCGUGCCUGUGCUGCCCGUGCCUGUGCUGCCCGUGCCUGUGCUGCCCGUGCCCGUGCUGCCCGUGCCUGUUGCUGCCCGUGCCUGUGCGUCCCGUGCCUGUGCUGCCCGUGCCUGUGCUGCCCGUGCCUGUGCUGCCUGUGCCUGUUGCUGCCCGUGCCUGUGCUGCCCGUGCCUGUGCUGCCCGUGCAUGUGCUGCCCGUGCCUGUUGCUGCCCGUGUCUCGUGCUCGCGCCCCCGUGCGCUCUGCUACUGUCUGCGCCCUCAAUAUAUUUGCUGUCUAG